CAUUCAUUAUCAUAAUUAUCAUCCCACAAAGGCGUUAUGCAUAUUUUCCAUUGGGAAACAUAGGACUUUUCUUUGCUUUCUUCUUGCUCAUGGUAUUAGGAGGAUGAGUUUCAACAAUUCCCAAUUCAAACUCAAGGAGAUGCCGCCGCCGGUUUCACAUGGAUACCAUGCCGUCGAGUGGAAUCGCGACCCAGCAAACUCUUCACCCGACGACGACAUAAUCACGGUUCAAAGAGAACAAAUUGGGGAGGAAGAGGUUUGGUUUUUCGGAAUUGUCGAUGAUCGAGUUGGAAACAGAGUGUCCAAGCAUAUGCAAUCCAAUCUCUUCGAUAAUAAAAAGAAGUUGAGAAGUCGAAAUAGCAAAGAGGCUCUGAGGAAGGCUCAUAAAAGUUCGAGAAUGGGCUCAGCAGCCUCGGCUAUUGUUAUAAACGGGAAAAAGCUUGUGAUGGCUAACAUGGAUGGCUACAGAUGUUUGGUUUGUAGAGAUGGCAAGGCUUAUCAAUUGGGUACUACUAAAACAAGCUGGUUAUGUUUUAACUUUCGAUGUUCUGUAUCGGAGGAGUUGGAGGAGGAGGUGAUGGUUGGAGAUUCAAGAAUAGAUUCAAGAACAGAGUUUGUCAUAUUGGCAAGUGAUGGCAUAUGGGAGGUGAUGAAGAGUCAAGAGGCAGUUAAUCUGAUCAGUCAUUUGGAAGACCCACAAGAAGCAGCUGAGUGUUUGGCUAAGGAGGCUUUGAAAAGGAUGAGCAAAAUCAACAUUUCUUGCAUUGUUAUCCGUUUUAACUACCAUAACUGAUGAUUGUGUUAAGUGUUCAUCAGGAUUCAGAUGAGAAACAACCAAUAAAUUUUUGAAUGUAUCGAGAAAUAGAGAUUCUAUAUAUAUAGCUUUACAAAUAUAACAAGAAGUUUUGUUGCAGUGAAAGAAGAGUUAAUCACUGUA